AUGCCGGCAAAAGCAGAAAGUUUACCUUCAGAAAUCUGGCUCGACAUCUUUCAAUAUCUUGAAGGACACGAUUUGAUCCAGGCAUUUUCUCGUCUCAAUCUGUUUUUUACUUCAUUGCUAUGCUCCAGUCACUUACGUUUAAACAUACGAAUUAAGCAAAAUGAGUCCAAUCGACGCUUACCAAUGUCUCCUUGGUCGAAAAUUCGUCUUAGUCAAAUAUCGUCACUGGCUGCUGGACAACGAAAAGCUAAUUGCCUCAUUCAAUUCCUUCGCUGGAAUGCAGCAUCUCUUCUUGGUUUACGUUCGCUAUCAGUUUACCUACGAAAAUCGAAACUUGAUGAAAAUAUUCAAUUGUUGACGAUCGCACUUCAACAAAUUCCGUCACUCGUUAAUCUUCGAAUCAAAUAUGGCGGAAAGUUCUGUACAAAUUUCGAUUACUUCGAACCAUUAAUGAUGUACAUAUUUAAUAAGAGAUCUCCGAUACAAAACUGUUCCUUUGACUUCAAUGUGCAGCAUGACAAAAUGAAGACGUCAAAGUGGACAAAUAAUCCAUCGUUGAAAUCCUUUCGAAGCAAUCAAACGUCAUGGACGGAUUUGUUCACUCUGCUAUCGUUUACUCCGUGUUUGUGCUUUCUCCAAGCUGAAAUAAGACCAUCGAUUCUUAAACCCGAUGUGGAAAUCGUUCUUCUUCAGCUCACAAAAGCCAAGCUGAUCUUAAACUCUCCACGUUUUGUUCAACUGGAAGCAUUCAAAGCAAUAGCACCAAAUUUGACGUGUCUGGAUUUGGUAGGUUCUUUCAAUUUCAGAGAUAAAAACUAUUUUAAUGAAACUCUAUGGCUUCACUUUUUGCACAAUAUUAAAUCCUAUCGAGUAAAUCUGAGUGUGUUCGUUUGGGGAAGUUCACAUAUACGAACUGUAAACAACUACAUUCAAGAUUUGCGGGAAAAACAAUGGUGCGCUGCAUCAGAUCAUCGGAUCAAUCUGCAUGUCUCCAUUCAAUUCACUUCUUCAUCUAUACUUCAAUAA